AGAAAGUAAAGCAAGAAUGCUAAACAGAGAGAGCGCCUAACAGAGCAUAGUAAAAACAGGGAGGCACAGAUACAGAAGCAACAAGCUGCAGAGACUCAGCUGACAAGAGAGGACACUGUCCUGAUCCUUUUCACUCUCUGUGGCCAUGUCUGACUGUGAGGGGCUAACAAUGGGAGGAGGAUCUAUCUGCAAGGCCCAGCCCCCUGCGCUCUGACUCGUCCACACUGUGUGACAGGGGAAGGCUGGGCUGUCCCGAGAAUUAUCUAAACACUCACACACACACAGUCCCUGACGCACACACACACACACACAGUAACUGCCUGUGCCAGAGCCUGCCUGCGCUCUCAGCUCAAGCCCUCUUAAAGCUGUUUUUUUCUGCUGGAGAUCAGUAAGAGCUAACGACACACAGCUGCCUCUGCUGAAGACAGAAGAAGGACAAGAGGAGAAGAGAGGGAGGGGGAAAAGAGGGAGGAGAGGACAAGCUCGGGGGAAAACAAAACCACCAGCAGCCUCUUAACUCCUUGCAUCUGUGCGGUGCAGUCGUUCUUCAGCAGGGAGUGUUUUUCUGCUGUGAUUCAGGACUUUUUUGUUAGGGGGGGGGUAAGAAGAGGAAAAGAAGAGGGGUUGGAGUUCACAUGACAUAAUCGGAGUGAAUGGGUUGCCAUGGUGACUCACCCAGGGAGCCUGACCCGUGCAGAGUGAAUGGAGGGAGCGCCUUGAACGCCAAGUGAACUAAACUAACGGAGGGGAGUCACCGGAGAGAGAGAGAGAGAGAGAGCAAGAGAGGGAGGGAGAGGAGAGAUCGAAGGAGUGGUGGAUAAAAGUAGGAGCAUAGAGGAGCCGAGCAGAGGCUGAGAAUGGAGGACGGGUUUUCCAGCUACAGCAGCUUGUAUGACACCUCAUCACUGCUACAGUUCUGCAACGAUGACAGUGCGUCAGCAGCCAGCAGUAUGGAGGUGACUGACCGCAUCGCCUCCCUGGAGCAGAGGGUCCAGAUGCAGGAGGACGAGAUUCAGCUGCUGAAGUCUGCUCUGGCCGAUGUGGUCCGCAGGCUCAACCUGUCUGAGGAGCAGCAGGCCAUGGGGUCACGCAGAGGACCCACCAAAGACCCUGCUUUGAUGAGAAAGUCUCCCUCAGCAGACAGCAAUGUUGGGAAGCCAGCCAGGCCAAUGAUUGCCACCCUGCCGUUACGGCCCACAGUAAACAACGGGACCAUCCUACCAAAGAAAGGCAGCGGCACUCUGCCCUCCCCAUCUGGAUGUGGAUCCCGGAAGGACACCAGCACGCCAGCCAACAAGAGUCUGCCCAGUUUUUCCUCUCUGUCUCGCUCAACCAGAAUUCUCUAUCUGCCCCUCAGCACUGUGAGGAGAGCCAACUCAAACGAACAUGUGGGAACUCUUACGCGGAAAGAUUCGGGCGACUCCAAGGGCAACCGAACUCGCGCCGGAUCCACCGGCAGCAAUUCCAGCGGCAAAAGAAGUGAAAGCAAACAGAGGGAUCCAGUGUUCAAUGCAGGGAUGCGACGUGUGACCCACUGCAAAGAGGAAGGUUAUGUGAAAAUGUUUUUGAAGGGUCGUCCCAUCGCCAUGUACAUGCCCAAAGACCAGGUGGACAGCUACUGCCUGGAGGCCAGAGCCGAGCUGCCCAGCAACAAACUCAAACUGGACUGGGUCUAUGGUUACCGUGGUCGAGACUGUCGCUCCAACCUUUACUUGCUGCCCACUGGAGAAACGGUGUAUUUCAUCGCCUCAGUGGUCGUCCUGUUCAAUGUGGACGAGCAGCUGCAGAGACACUACACUGGACACACAGAUGACAUCAAAUGCCUGGCCGUCCACCCCGACAAAAUCACCAUAGCAACCGGGCAGGUGGCGGGCACUUCUUCAGAUGGAAAACAGCUGGCUCCUCACGUUCGUGUGUGGGACUCUGUCAGCCUCAACACCCUCCAUGUUCUGGGUGUAGGCUUCUUUGACCGCGCCUUGGUCUGCUUGUCUUUCUCCAAGUCGAAUGGAGGAAACACACUGUGUGUUGUAGACGACUCCAAUGAUCACGUCCUCUCCAUCUGGGACUGGCAGAGAGUGGACAGACUGGCCGAGGUCAAGUGCUCCAACGAGUCAGUGUUUGCUGCAGACUUUCACCCGACAGACAGCAACAUCGUAGUCACCUGUGGCAAGUCGCAUCUCUAUUUCUGGAACCUGGAGAAAGGCAUGCUGCUCAAGAAGCAAGGACUGUUUGAGAAACAGGAGAAGCCCAAGUUUGUGUUGUGCGUGACCUUUGCAGAAAAUGGAGACGCUAUAACUGGAGACUCGAGUGGGAACAUCCUGGUGUGGGGAAAAGGCACUAAUCGCAUCAGCCACGUCAUCCAAGGAGCUCACGAGGGCAGCAUCUUUGCUCUGUGUAUGCUGAGGAACGGCACACUGGUGUCUGGGGGUAAAGACCGCAGGCUCAUUUCUUGGGACAGCGGCUACCAACAGAUACAAAUGGUGGAGGUGCCUGAGUUGUUUGGUCCCAUCAGGACCAUAGCAGAGGGCAGAGGGGAGACUGUGCUCAUCGGGACCACCAAGAACUUUGUUUUGCAAGGCAGUUUGGAUGGAGAAUUCAUGCCUAUUACACAGGGUCAUACUGAUGAGUUGUGGGGUCUGGCUGUCCAUCCCUGGAAGCCCCAGUUUCUCACCUGUGGAUAUGACAGGCAGGUCAGCCUAUGGGACUCCAGUACCCAUCAGCUCAUCUGGACAAAGAGCAUGGAGGAUGCUGCGCAAUCAGCAGGCUUCCACCCGACUGGAGCUGUGGUUGCCAUAGGAACCCAAAUUGGCAGGUGGCUGGUGCUGGACACUGACUCUAAGGAUUUGGUCACAGUGCACACAGAUGGGAAUGAACAGCUGUCUGUCAUGCGCUAUGGGCCAGAUGGUAACUUCCUGGCCAUCGGUUCCCACGACAACUACAUCUAUAUCUACGCUGUGGCAGAAAAUGGGAGGAAGUACAGUCGAGUGGGGAAGUGCUCGGGUCACUCUAGUUUCAUCACCCAUCUGGACUGGUCAGUGGACUCCCAGUAUCUGGUAUCAAAUUCAGGAGACUAUGAGAUACUGUACUGGAUCCCGUCAGUCUGCAAACAGGUGGUCAGCGUGGAGACUACCAGAGAUAUUGAGUGGGCCACUUACACCUGCACUCUGGGCUUCCAGAUCUUUGGCUUGUGGCCCGACGGCUCAGACGGCACCGACAUCAACGCCGUCUGCAGGUCCAACGACAAGAGCCUCCUGGUUACUGGAGACGACUUUGGGAAGGUCCACCUCUUCUCAUACCCCUGUUCACAGUUCAGGGCUCCCAGCCAUGUUUAUGGCGGCCACAGCAGUCACGUGACCAAUGUGACCUUCCUGUAUGAUGACGGCUACCUGGUGUCGACCGGAGGGAAGGACAUGAGCGUGAUGCAGUGGAGGAUAGUCUGAGCGAGCAGACAGAAACAGAUACUGUCAACUUAACUGCUGCUGGGUUCUGAAACCCAGCUGAAGCAAACUGAACUGAACUGCACUAAACUGAACCGAACCAAACUUAAAUUAAUUCAGAUGCUAAAAAGAAGCGGAUCUGACUGAACUGAAGUGAGUUGACAGAAGAGGAACUUGCGUCCUGAGGUUUCCUUCCUGAUCUGCUCUCACAUCCCGAAUGAGAUGAACUGGUGGGGGAGUAAUGUGCAGUUGUUUGAAAUACAAAACUCCUGAAUAUUUCUCCUUUUCUUUAUUCACACUACCUGUAAAAAAAAAAAAAAAAAAAUGAAAUCUCUCUCUUUCAAGCACUGUAGCCUAGUCACCAAUGACAUGACACAACACAAAUCAAACAGAUCAAAUCCAACUAAACAGAACCAAAGGCUCUGACUUUCCGACUGCAUUUGUACAGUUUGGCUUUCACUGUUCUUGUAUCGUGCGCACUCCUACCACAGAUUAUGGACUGAAUAGGUUUGUUUCGGUGCCUGUCAAAGCCGUUCCAGACUCAAUAUCAUCGAGCUGCAGAUCCAAGAGCAUUGGGACAAAAACUGUGUACGGGAAGAAAGAACAUAGUGAUUUUCUAAUUGUUAAACUUUCUUUUAUUUUGUAUUUAACAACUCAGGAAAGCACUAGUGAAGCAGGACCCUUCCCUGUUAUUAACAUUGACAUAUCAGAACGAGCCCUAAAAGCAUCUCACUAAAAUAUUCAGAGGUAUCAACCAUGGUAAAUAUCUGAUUCAAAUGUUGUAGAACCAUUAUUGAUUCUUUUGCAUUGAACAAUUGUGUAUUAAAACUACCUAUAUAGUCAGGGCUGAUGAUGAAUUUGGAGGAUUUUAAUACAUCCCAGGAAGGAGAAUAAUAUUGUUGAACAAGAGACACACUGCAUGUUUUUUUUUUUCCUGUGAGAUGUGAUGUUAAUCUCCUUUUGGAGUGAUUCUAUUUUGGGAAAAUUAUUUUGGUUGACAAAAAGUUACAUUACCUGGAUUCAGAUUUAGGAUUUUAACCAUUUUCUGCAAAAUUAUCAGAACACUUUUCUCAAAUUGUGCUUCCAGAUCUUAAAAAAGACAUGUUUCCUAUUAUUUAUUGAUCGUGUUUCAAACUCAUCAUCACCAGUAUCAGUUACUCUGAGUUUUUCUCUCAUAAUACAACCCUGGUGAGUCCCAGAUGUGUAAAUAUACAGAUAGGCUUGAAACAGAUAAGAGCAAAAUGUGGGUUACUAUACAGCUGUUUCCAGUUUUUGGAAUGAGUUGUCGUAUGUUUCCUUUGCCUUGAGGAGUAAGGAGAGUCAAAAUCAAGCAGGUAUCGGGUCUUUCCAUGGUGUGAAGCCUUUUCAAAUCUGCAUCUCUUUACAGUUGCACCCAGAUCAGUUCAUGAAGGCGGAGGACGAGACCAUAACACUGUAACUGUUUAUGUCUGAUGUGCUACUCGGGUGUGCACCAUCAGUCACUGGCAAGAUAUUUAAGUGAACUGCACCCUCUUGAGGUGUCUUUCUAUAUUGCACUGCUUCAGCCUGAUAAACCUACAGCAGGCCUAUUAAGCAAAUCACCAUUUAGCACUUACUGGAGUUUUUCAUAAACCGACGUCUGCUCUCAACCUUCUCAGCUGUGUACCACCCCGGUCGGAUCUAAUGGUACGCCUCGUAGCAUGUCACACUCCUCAUCUCCUGGCUAGCAGCAAGCCAAAAUUACUCACAUGCAUGAAUAAUUAUAAUUCUUUUAAAGUGAUAUUUUAAUGGGGUUAAGCGGAGUUUAGCGUGACCAUAGCUGCCACUGAUAUGAGGCAUACUGGUGUUGUUUUGAAAUCCAGACUGUUGGACUUGUCUUAUCAGGAGAAGCACUGAAAUCUAACAGCAGUGAUAAAAAGUCACCACUCUACAGAGUGAAUGUAACAUGGUUUGUCUUACCACUAAACGCUGGGGGCUGCAGAAUAUCAUUGGACACUUAACACUUGUCUGAAAGUAAAUGGAACAUGAAAUUUCUAUGAUGCUGUGUCUUAUAUUUCCCACUUUCUCAUUUUUUG